UAUAGGCUCCUGAUAUUUUUCUUCGUCUGUUCACCAUCUCCGCGACUUCAUUAUACUUGAUAUACUCAGUCAAAUGAUCAAGACCUGUUGCUACUUGCUAGAUCAUCCUUAUCGAUACGCGCGUCGUGCGGAUUCACUAGUAUCCACACGUUUCCAUGGUAGCGACGAGAUCUCUCCAUUUUGUUCUGCAAAAAGAGAACCACGGUUGCUGUCACUCCCAGUUCUCGUCCAAUUUCGAACUGGCUUUUGUUCCACAAGUCUGCUGAGUUGCGCGAGUCGAGUCUUUGUUUGCUUUCCUCAACUUGCUAAACCCAGAAAAUGGCCAACGCGAUCAGAUACUUUGAGCUGAAUACAGGAGCUAAAAUCCCUUCUGUGGGAUUGGAGACAUGGCAGUCGGAUCCUGGGCUCGUGGGCAAUGCUGUCAACAUCGCCGUUCGGCAUGGGUACCGGCAUAUCGAUUGUGCACAAGUUUACGCAAACGAAGCCGAGAUUGGACUGGUUUUCAAGAAAUUGUGGGAAGAGCGCGUGGUUAAACGGGAGGAUUUGUUUAUCACUUCAAAACUCUGGAACACUGAUCAUGCCCCAGAAGAUGUGCCAGUGGCUUUGGAGAGAACUUUGCGGCACUUGCAGCUUGACUAUGUAGAUUUGUACCUCAUGCACUGGCCGGUACGGAUGAAGAAGGGAUCGGUGGGAUUUAACCCUGAAGACAUCGAGCAACAUGACAUACGGAGCACAUGGCAGGCGAUGGAAGCCCUGUAUGAUUCAGGUAAGGCACGGGCCAUUGGAGUCUGCAAUUUCUCCACCAAGAAGUUGGCAGAUCUGUUGGAGAUUGCACGCGUACCUCCUGCUGUGGUUCAGGUGGAAUGUCAUCCUUCCUGGCAACAGAAGAAGCUGCACGAAUUCUGCAAAUCCAAAGGAAUUCACUUGACUGGUUUCUCGCCUUUGGGAUCGCCUGGCUCAGCAUUUGUCAAAAGCGAGGUGCUGAAGCAGCCGGUGGUGACCGCAGUCGCAGAGAAGUUGGGAAAGAGUCCAGCACAGGUUGCUCUAAGGUGGGGUCUUCAGAUGGGUCACAGUUUGCUUCCCAAAAGCACUAACGAGAAAAGAAUCAUCGAGAAUUUCGACGUCUUCGACUGGUCUAUGCCAGAUGAUUUGUUCGCCAAGUUUUCCGAGAUUGAACAGGCGAGGCUGCUUAGGGCGACAGUUUUUGUCCAUGAGACUCUCAGCCCAUACAAGAGCGUGGAGGAAUUCUGGGAUGGGGAGAUCUAAGCAUGGAAAGGAAGGGGAAUAAGGCAAAGGGGAGUGUGCAAACGCAUGGAAGUUGGUCAUUUCACCCGGUUUAUGUCUGAAGUUAGUUCAAAUAAUCCUACUCUCGGGUGCUAGAUAAAAAUGUGUGGUAUUCGUUGUCUUGUUGCUCUUUGUGUUGAUUUGCUAUGUGAUAUGUCCAUGUACAUUACUCUCCCCCUACUAGUUGUUUUGCUCCCAAUAAAACUUCUUGCAGCAGGAAAACUGUCGGGACAGGUGUUUUC